AUGUCUGAAUACAUUCUUGGUGGUGGUAAGGCCUGGUAUGCCUACGAUGAGGUUCUGACCAAGAAGCUCAUGCAGAAGGCCAAGCCCAUUCCCCUUCCCCAGGAGCCCAGCUUCAAGACCACUGAUGUCAGCAUCAUCGUCGCUACUAUCAAUACUCCCGACACGUUCACCGACUGCCUUCGUCUGUGGCUUGCCAACAAGCCCAAGGAGAUCAUUAUUGUCACCAUUGACCGUGACCUCCAGCGCGUCCAUGACUUGGUCAAGCCCGUCAUCAUUGAGGGCGAUGAUCGCAUCAGCGUUAUGACUGCCGAGUACGCCAGCAAGCGUUAUCAGAUGGUCGUUGGCAUCAAGGAGGCCCAGGGCAAGAUUCUUGCCCUCGUCGACGAUGAUGCCUUCUGGGGCACUCUGGAGACGCUGCCCUACCUCUUGGCUGGUUUUGAGGACCCCAAGGUUGGCGGUGUCACUGGCAAGCAGAGCGCUCUCAUCAGCUCUGACCGCCGCAACCCGGCUGUCAUCACUCCCUGGGAGGUUGCCUCCCUCCGCUCUCUCGACAACCAGAACAAUAUCCAGGCCGUUCGCUCCGCUGCUGAUGGCGGCUGCUGGUGCAUGGUCGGUCGCACCAUGAUGGUCCGCACCGAUAUUGCCCAGGACCCUCGCUUCAUGGAGGCCAUCACCAAUGAUAGAUGGAAUGGUCAGCUAAUGAACACUGGCGACGAUGUCUUCCUCACUCGCUGGCUCCAGACCGAGGGCUGGGACAUUGCUGUUCAGAAUGCCCCCCAGGCUGAGAUUACCACCCUCGUUAUGCGUGACUCCGGUCUGCUGUACCAGAUGAUCCGCUGGCAGCGCAACGCCAUCCAGUCCUUCCUCACGACUGUGAUCUACCAGCCUGGCAUCCGCAAGAUCAAGCAGAAGCACCCCUACAUGGCUCGCAAGAUCAUUGAGCGUCUUCUUCGCCCUGUCAUCGCCUGGGUUCAUAUCAUCGCCUUCUUGAUGUGCCUUGCCAAGAAGUCUCCCAUUGCCUACUUCGUUGCGGGCUACUACAUCUGGGGCUGGUUCCGCACCUACAACGCCUUUGCGCGUCGCUUCCCCUUCACUUCUCGCCAGAUGUGGGCCUGCUUCCUCCUGGACAACGCUCAUCCCAUUCUCGACGUCUACGCUUGGCUCACUCUGAGCACCGAGGCCUGGGGCACCCGUGACACCUGA